CAUACUCUCGUAAAUAUGUUUAAAUUGUAGUAGAAGAAACUAGUCUCGAAGAGUUAAGCAACUCAAAUUUAGCCGCAAGUUUAGUACGUAGUAAUGGCAACAAAAUAUAGCUCAGUUAGGAAUGAAAAGAAACGAAGAGCUUUUGUUACAUUCUUGGCAGGUGCGGGUGAUUAUAUAAAAGGUGUUAUCGGAUUGGCCAAGGGUAUAAGAAAGGUCAAGUCGGGGUACCCGCUUGUGGUGGCGGUGCUACCAGAUGUUCCGGCGGAGUACCGACGGUUGUUGGUGGAGCAAGGUUGCGUUGUCAAAGCAAUCGACUGGGUUCAGCCUCCAGAAAUUAAUGAAAAUCAAUUGGAGUGGGCUCAUGAGCAUUUUGCUAUCAACUACUCAAAGCUCCGUAUUUUCCAGUUUGAGGAGUACAAUAAGAUGAUAUAUCUUGACGGGGACGUGCAAAUGUACGGCAACUGCGACGAACUAUUUGACUUGCCCGACGGCUACAUCUACGGGGUCAUGGACUGUUUCUGUGAAUGGUAUCAUUCCCCUCAGUUCAAAAUUGGAUACUGUCAGCAGUGCCCUGAGAGGGUCAAAUGGCCGGCUGAUAUGGGGCCACCUCUACUCCGUUACUUCAACGCCGGCAUGUUUGUUUUUAAGCCUAGUCGAGCCACGUUUGAUCAACUCAUGGAAGCUGUUGGAAACUCUCCUCCUACACCAUUUGCGGAACAGGACUUGUUGAACAGGUUUUUCCAAGACGUCUACAAACCUAUUUCUCCGAAGUAUAAUCUCAUAGUACCAAUGCUUUGGCAUCAUCCAGAUAAAGUAGAUAUCAGCAGUGCCAAAGUAGUUCACUUCUGUGCUAAUGGUUCGAAACCUUGGAGACACACCGGAGAGGAGGAUAAUAUGAAAAGGGAAGACGUGAAGAUGCUAGUGGAGGAGUGGUGGAACACCUACAACGACACUUCCUUGGAUUUCAAGAAGCCAGUGAACUACUUCACUUCUGCUCGGGGACUGAUCACCAGUCCUUCUUGAAUGAAACGAUGAGCCACAACCCUAAUCCAUCUGCAGCUUGAUGCCCGUGAUGAUUCCCAAGUAACUGUGUAUAUGUAUAUAUGUACAUAAGAAUAAUGAGCCAGACAUGUUGCUAAGAAGGUAUCGUGUAUAUGUGUGCGCAAUGAGUGAAGAAGGUUGUAUAUGUACAAAAUGUAAUAAAACUUUGCAACUUCUAAGCUCAGCCAAUAAGACAUCAAUUUACCAAAAAAAGUGUUUUAUGAGUA